AUGGAGGUAUCCUUUUUUCUCAUUGCUAAAUUCGAUUUUGAAUGUGAUAGUGCAAGUAGGUUCGUUGAUUAUGAUUGUGAGAACUAUCUCCUUGUUAGUGAAAUAUCUUUUGGCUUCCGAAGUGAAAUCAACCUCUUGCACGAUACUAUGAUAUUUGAUUUGGACUCGCUCGAUUUUGUUGGUGAACUUGAUGGGGAUAUGAGGAGAAAUCCUUCAAAAGAAGGAGGGGAUGAUGCGAAUCUGGGUGUCCUAGAGAAGAAUCAAAUAACCGGAUUUGAGGAUAAAUCCUUUCACAAAGAAGGAGAGGAUGAUGUGAAUUCGGGUAUUCACAAUCAUAGGAUGCAACGACAUCGAGGUCCACGGGUAGAUUGGGGUCCGAAAAGAAGGUGGAGAUAUGGUAAGGAGCCAAACUGGAUUCGGAGGUCUGACUCAAACCAGAAUUUGCCUUUGAAGAUAAAGUUCAAAUGCUCUCUUCAUAAUACCAUUGUCUUCAACGUCGAAAGAGCUUCGGGUGAGUACCUUGCACGCCUCAAUCGGAGCCCGGAUGAGGAAGUUAUGAUCGUUUUGCAUAAGUCGCGCAGUCCACAAGAAAAACACCCGACACAGGCCACCUUGGGUAUAUGCCAUCGGCCAAUGCCUCCUUAUAUGAAACGGGUAGGGUUUAAGCCGUCGAAGCGUGAGGAUUUUGGGGAUGGAGCGGCUUUUCCUGAGAUUCACUGCGCGCAGUAUCUAUUUGGGAUUGGGAGGAUUCAUUAUGCAAAUUCUUUGAGUCAGGAUGAGAAUGCGAAGAAGAUUGUGUAUUCUCAGCACUCGGAUCUUGUCCCAGUCUUUGCCAAGGAUGUUGUUGCAAAAGAGGAUGGAAUGGAUCUUGAUGAGAAGCAGAGGGAGAUUGAUGAGACAACACAGCAAACCAAGGCUGCAUUGCAGAUUGUGAAUGUUAGGUUGAAUGCUGCGGAAUCUAAGUUCAUCAGGUAUAAGCCGUCUCAGCAGUCGGCAUGUGCUAAAGGGAGAAUCAUUCGCGUGGUGGGAAUGGCAGUAGAUCCUUUGGAGCCUCCCAAGUUCAAGCACAAGAGAAUUCCGAGAGGUUCGGAUUCUCCACCAGUCCCCGUCAUGCAUUCUCCCCCUCGGCCCAUGACUGUGAAGGACCAGCAGGAGUAGAAAAUCCCACCUAGCAUAUCCAACUCGAAGAAUACUAAAGGUUAUGUGAUUCCUCUCGACAAACGGAUUAUUUACAUACUUUAUCUAUAG